AUGAGGUCAGAGCAGGCUCGGCAUGCUUCCGAGCUGAAUGACAACUUGCGAGCUGAACAGAGACGGUGGCGACAAUGUAUUUCUGAUGCGCAAGCGCAACAGGGCGACCAGCAACGGCACAUCGAAGCGCUAGAAGCGCGUCUUGACACCGCUGUUGAGGCCCUAAGUUUGGAGUACAAGAACUUGUGUGCUGCUUUGCCAAAGAUAUUGCCCGCAGUGAGCAACACACCCAAGAGUGCAGUGACACAAGGCCCAUUUGCGGCAGCUACGCCCAAAGUCAACGGCCUGGAGUACGUGGAGCACCAGAUUCGCCCGGAGAUCCAAUCCGAGCCGGACCUCAGGCCCUGCAUGGUGCUGAGCGCUGGUGGAGUCCUGGGGACGUCUGGGGACGUCUGGGUGCGAGGUCAGGGUCAAGCAUCGCUUCCCAACUCUCCAAGAACUCGGGCGGCACCCGCAGAGGCGGCGCGGGUUCCGCGGGUUCCGCCGCAGGCUGCAGCGCAGCAGGCUGCAACGCAGCAGGCUGCAACGCAGCCGGCGGAAGCUCUGACAACUACUAGGGCUUACAGUAAUGAGCGAUUGGCAUUGAUAGCGGGUCAACAGCGAGUUGCUGCUUGGAUUCUUUCGGCCCAUUCCCAGAGUCAGCGGGCCACUGCUUGCGGCCUACUGCUGAAACUCUGUUCAGGUGCCAUGGCGGAAGAAGAUGAGUAUGUGGCCGGCACCAUUGCCACCAUCGGCAGCCUCAUCACGAAGCCAAAGAUGACUGAGAAGUAUUUGAAGAAGCCGCCAUUUAGGUUUCUUCAUGACAUCGUGAUGGAGGUGACAAAGAAGACGACCUUCGGACAGGGGCUCUUCACUCCGGAAGAGUGUGAUUCUGGGAACCUCUCCGACAAGCAGGCCAAGUUGGAUUUUCUGAACAAAGCCAUCAGUGUGACUUGCUUCGCUCUGGGUGAGUCGAUCGACGUCUCGGCCAACAAAAUCGUGGCUGGACUGGAGCCAGAAAAGACCAACGCAUGGCUGCAGAGGCUCCAUGCUGCAGCAACCACCUGCGCUGGAGAGAAAUCGGAUCAAGCCGUGGCCCGGGUGCAGAGUGGGGAGCUGGUGGGAGCAGCCAAGGAGAAAAAGAAGAAGCCCAAGGAAGAUGCGCCGCCACCUCCACCGGCUGAAGGAGGUGAUGAGGAUGAAGCCAAAAAAGAAGAAGAAAGAAGGAAGCGGGCUGAAAGGAAGAAGCGAGAAGAGGAGAAGAAAAGGAAAGAAGCUGAAGACGCGGCCGCUGCAAAUGAACCCCCAGCACCGCCUGCACCCAGUCUUGAUGAUGAAGAGGAGAGGAGGAAGGAAGAGAAGCGUCAGAAGGAUGAAGAGCGCCGACGACGCAAAGAAGAGGAGAGGCGUCUACAGGAAGAGCAGAGGCGGGCAGAAGAAGCUGCAGCAGAAGCUCAAGCGGCUGAAGCCCGCGCUGCGGAAGAGAUGCGCCGUGCCGAGGAAGCUCAAGCCAUUGCAGCGACCGAGGAUUUCCAGGAGCCUCCACCAGCUCCUCCUGGGGCGAUGUCUGAAGGACCUUUCGCAAGUACAGAUGAAAUUGCCCAACGGGCAGAGGCUGCAUUGGCACAGAGGGCUGCCGACACAGGGCGGCCGCGCACGGCAGGAAGGAAGCCACCCAAAGUGACGUCCAAGGUGACGACAACUGAGCAAGCCACUGCUCCCAGCAACGUGGCAGCUCCAGUGGUCAUUGCAGAAGGUGCCGGUGGUGAUGACCAGGAGGAGGAUAUGUUUGAAACUGGGCAGCCCGGCGCAGCACCGCCUCCACCACCACCGCCGGUAGAUGAUGGAGGUCAACAUGGUGCACUGGUCAGUGAUCUGCUCGCAGAGAAGAAGAAGGAGGAAGAGCGUGAGAAUCGAGAGAGGCUGAAGAAGGAGGAGGAAGAGACCAGGGAGGAGUUCGAUGACGGAAAAGGCAUCAAGAUGAAAUUGAGGCGAAAGAAGGAUACCGGCAGCUCAUUGGCUGAAGUGGAUCCCGUGAAGCUGGGGGAGUCCAUUCAGAGCCUUUGCCAAGCUGCAAAUCCCCUAGGCAAAUCGAUCGACCUGGUGCACCAGGAUAUUGCCAACAUGGGCAAGGAGCUGGACCACUGGAAGCAAGCUUACCGUGAGGCCAGUGAUGCCUACACCCGUCAGUUGAAAAUGACGGAAGACCAGCUGCAGCCUUUGUACCAGAAGAUUGCAGAGUUGGACGACAAGAUUGCAGAACAGAGGUCGAAGAUCCGCAACAGCAGGUCCAGGAUUUCGAAGAAUGACCUGAAAGUUCAGCAGCUCUUGGAGUCCGUGGUCAUGGUCAGGUAGUCAGUAUUAGUCAGUGAGAGCGGCCCAAUGGUUGCCAUUGGCCUGAACGAGGCACCACCUUGUUGUACAGGAAAGGAAUGGACAAUGUGGUAAUGGGAUGUGGCAGGAAUGAGUCAAUCGUAGCUCGAAUCCGACUGCAGCCUUCAUGAAUUGCUUGCAAUUCACUGGUUGCUGCAACCCUUCAAUUCGCAAGGGUGUGUCUCGUAAAUUUCCCAUAUCGAAUGCAUGAUUUGAACGCUCUGCUCAAUGAUGCUGACUUCCUUACCUUUCAUUGCAUGCCCCACUCGCUGUAAA